AUGAGCAAAUCAACAAAUUUUUUAUCCAAGAAGAGUUGGCAUGUUUCAUCUUUAAAAAAUCAAGAGAAAGUAUGGAAAGCCGAACAAGAAAAAGAAGCAGAAAUAAAGAAAAUUGAACAAUUAAAAAGGGAGAAGAUGGAAGAAGAGCAAAUUAGAGAUUUAAAAAAUCAAUUUGCAGAGGCCUCUUCAGGAAAAAAAUCAAGCGGUAUGGAUUGGAUGUAUGAAGGAGCAUUUCAAUUAUCAUUAAAAAAAACAGAAACUGUAGAUGAAUAUUUAAUGGGCAAAAAGAUUGAUGAUUCAAAUGAUGACGAAUUAAAAAAAGCAGCCAAUGUUCCAGGUGCAUUGUUUUUGAACAAAACCACAGCUACAAACCCUCAAGAUAUUAAAAGUUUAGUUAGAGAGGACCCAUUAUUAAUCAUUGAAAGAAAAAAACAAGAACAGCUUGAUAAAAUUAUGAACAAUCCAAUACAAAUGAAAAAAUUAGAAAAAGAGAAGAAACAAUCAGAAAAAAUUUUAAAGAAAUUAAAAAAGAAAGAAAAAAAAGAAAAAAAAAGAAAAGAAAGAGAAGAAAGAGGCGAAUCAAUCAGUGACAGCAGUAAUGAUGAAUAUAAAAAAGAAAAGAAAGAAAAAAAAAGAAAAGAAAAAGAAAGAAAGAAAGAAAAAGAACGGGAUGAACACUAUAAAGAAAGAGAAACAAGAAGAGAUACUGAUGGUGACCGAGAAAAAAGAAAGGAUGGUGAAGAUAGAGAAAGAAGAAGAGAUGACGAAGAUAGAGAAAGAAGAAGGGAUGACGAAGAUAGAGAAAGAAGAAGAGAUACAGACGGUGAUCGAGAAAGAAGAAGAGAUGACGAAGAUAGAGAAAGAAGAAGAGAUCAUGAGAGAGACUACAAUAGAGACAGAGAAUCUAGAUAUAGGGAUAAUGACAGAGAUAGAGAUUAUAAUAGAGAUAGAGAAAGCAGGUACAGAGAUAGGGAUCACAACGAAAGAAGAGACUCAAGAUAUGAUGAAAGAGAUAGAGAAAGAAGCCAUAAUAGAGAAAGGGAAGAAAGAGAAAGAGAAAACAGAUAUAGAGAUAGAGACCACAGUGACAGAAGAGAUACCAGACCAUAUAAUGACGAUAGAAGGGAUUAUAGUGAUAGAGAAAGUAGAUACAGGGACAGGGAUCAUAAUGAUAGACCAUCACCAUUCAAAAAGAGAGAUCGUCAAGAAUAUGAAGAGAAACCAUCCAAUAAAAACGUUACUGAUAAAGAAGAAGAAAGAAGAAGAAAGCUAGAAGAAAUGAAAAAAAGUGGUACAGAAAGAGAGGAUGAAAGAUCGAAAAAAAUCAAAUCAGAUUUAGAAAAUGAAAAAGACUUUGUACCAAAAUCAGUAGAAGAAAGAGGAAGAACUUUCUUUGAUCAAAUCAAUAAAGAUGUUUAUGGCGAUUCCGCAUCCUUGGGCGAUACUCUAAAAAGAAAUAAAUUUUAUCUCGAAAAAGAAUAA